GCAGGUGGACUUGGGUAUGAAAUAAGGACCGUGGAUUAGAAUAAUAGGAGGGCAAGAAAUGGAACGGAACGGGAAAUGAUGAGAUGGUUCUAGAAUAAGUGUAGGCCACGCGCGAUUACCAUAUAACCCAACCCAACCCAACCCUCAUCCUUCAAAAGAAGACGUUACCCUCAUUCAUCCAUUAACUAUCACGUACUACUCUCUCUCUCUCUUUCUCCGCUUUCAUUCACACCCUCAUCCAUUCACACACACUUUGGUAGUUAGUUCAGUUCUGUUCUGUUCUGUUAUCUAACCCCCAUCCAUGGCUUCCUCCUCCAUUUCUCAAAUCCACGGUCUCGGUGGUGGUUUCUCUACACUCAAAAAACCCACUUCCACUUCCUCUAAUUCAAGAACCCUAUUCUUAGGCCAACGUCUCAAUUCAACUCAAGCUACCUUCUUCCCCCGCGCACAAUUUCCUAGGAAGAAGAAGGGUUUCACUUUAAGAGUUGUCAAUGAGAAAGUCGUUGGUAUCGAUUUAGGAACCACCAAUUCCGCCGUCGCUGCCAUGGAAGGUGGAAAACCUACCAUCAUUACUAACGCUGAAGGUCAGAGAACCACUCCCUCCGUUGUUGCUUACACCAAAAACGCAGACAGGUUGGUAGGUCAAAUUGCCAAGCGUCAGGCUGUCGUUAAUCCCGAGAACACCUUCUUCUCCGUCAAGAGAUUCAUUGGAAGGAAGAUGUCUGAGGUUGAUGAAGAGUCAAAGCAGGUCUCUUACAGAGUCAUUCGUGACGAUAACGGCAACGUCAAACUUGAUUGCCCUGCUAUUGGUAAAUCUUUUGCAGCUGAAGAAAUUUCUGCUCAGGUUUUGAGAAAGCUUGUUGAUGAUGCUUCAAAGUUUUUGAAUGAUAAAGUAACUAAGGCUGUAGUAACUGUGCCUGCAUAUUUCAAUGAUUCACAAAGAACUGCUACAAAGGAUGCUGGUAGGAUUGCUGGUCUUGAAGUUCUGAGAAUUAUCAACGAACCAACUGCUGCAUCCUUGGCUUAUGGUUUUGAAAGGAAAAACAAUGAAACCAUCUUGGUGUUUGACCUUGGAGGUGGUACUUUUGAUGUCUCAGUGCUUGAGGUUGGUGACGGAGUUUUUGAAGUUCUGUCUACUUCUGGUGAUACACACUUGGGUGGUGAUGAUUUUGAUAAGAGGGUUGUUGAUUGGUUGGCUGGAGACUUCAAGAGAGAUGAAGGUAUUGACCUUUUGAAAGACAAACAAGCUCUUCAGCGACUUACCGAGACAGCCGAGAAAGCAAAAAUGGAGCUUUCAUCAUUGACUCAAACAAACAUCAGUUUGCCGUUCAUAACUGCCACAGCAGAUGGCCCCAAACACAUUGAGACAACUCUUACAAGGGCUAAAUUUGAAGAAUUGUGUUCAGAUCUUCUUGACAGACUCAAGACACCAGUGGAAAAUUCAUUGAGGGAUGCAAAGCUCUCAAUUAAGGAUAUUGACGAGGUGAUUCUUGUUGGUGGAUCAACACGUAUUCCUGCUGUUCAGGAGCUUGUAAAGAAGAUGAUUGGGAAGGACCCAAAUGUCACUGUUAAUCCAGAUGAAGUGGUUGCUCUUGGAGCUGCAGUUCAGGCUGGUGUCUUGGCUGGAGAUGUCAGUGACAUUGUGCUGUUGGAUGUUACUCCAUUGUCCUUGGGUUUGGAAACUCUUGGUGGUGUGAUGACAAAAAUUAUUCCUCGAAACACUACCCUUCCCACCUCAAAAUCAGAGGUUUUCUCCACCGCUGCUGAUGGGCAGACCAGUGUAGAAAUCAAUGUCCUUCAGGGUGAGAGAGAAUUUGUUAGGGACAAUAAAUCUCUUGGUAGCUUCCGCUUGGAUGGUAUCCCUCCUGCUCCUCGUGGGGUUCCUCAAAUUGAGGUGAAAUUCGACAUUGAUGCAAAUGGCAUUCUGUCGGUUGCUGCCAUAGACAAGGGCACCGGGAAGAAACAGGAUAUUACCAUUACUGGGGCUAGCACCUUGCCUGGUGAUGAGGUUGAGAGGAUGGUCAAGGAGGCAGAGAGAUUUUCAAAGGAGGACAAGGAAAAGAGGGAUGCCAUAGACACCAAGAACCAAGCUGACUCUGUUGUCUACCAGACUGAGAAGCAAUUGAAAGAGCUAGGAGAGAAGGUUCCUGGCCCUGUGAAAGAAAAGGUGGAAGCUAAACUGGGAGAGCUUAAGGAUGCUAUUUCAGGUGGUUCAACCCAAACUAUCAAAGAUGCCAUGGCUGCCCUCAAUCAGGAAGUUAUGCAGCUUGGCCAGUCUCUAUAUAACCAACCUGGAGCUGCAGGCCCAGCAGGACCUACACCACCUGGUGGCGAGUCUGGUCCAUCAGAAUCAUCAGGCAAGGGACCUGAUGGGGACGUGAUUGAUGCCGAUUUUACCGACUCUAAAUGAGUUAUAGAGAUUAUUCAAUAGGAUUAUUUUUAUUUAUGCUUCUUUUGUGCUAAAUUCGUAGCGAUUUUUUUCAAUGGAGAGGGAGUGUUUGUCUCUUAUUAUAAUUAGACUCACUUUAUUAUAGGUGCUCAUUGUCACACGUUUCUGUACCUUUGGAAAGUUUUGUCUGAAAUACAGGGUAUUGUGUGGAUGAAAUGAAAUUUACAGGCUGAAAAUGUCCUAAUUUGAUGAGAAAAUGAAGAUGAUUUUACUGUUA